AUGAAGCGUAUGGGCAAGAAACAGGAACUCAGAAGAAACUUCCGUACUCUCUCGACUAUCGCCUUUACUAUCAUCCUCCAAGGAACCUGGGAGGUCCUCUUGACCGCAACUACACAAGGAAUGGUCAAUGGUGGUAUUGCAGGUUUGGUCUGGUCAUACAUUUGGACAUUUUUCGGCUUCACUUUUGUCGUAUUGUCCCUAAGCGAAAUGGCUAGCAUGUGCCCAACAGCUGGUGGUCAAUACCACUGGAUCUCAGAAUUUGCCCCUCCCUCGCAACAGAAGAUUUUGAGCUUCCUCGGAGGCUGGAUGUCAACUCUCUCUUGGCAGGCCGGUACUGCCUCUGGACCCUACUUGGUGGGAACAUUGAUUCAGUCAUUGAUCUUCGAGAACGAUCCCAACUACGUAUUCAAGAACUGGCAGGGCACCUGUUUCGUUAUUGCUAUCGCCCUUGUGGUCUGGGCAACCAACAUCUGGGGAGCUAGGGCUAUGCCUGUCUUCCAGAACAUCAUGAUGAUUGUUCACGUCUUUGGCUUCCUGGUGAUCAUCGUGAUGAUCUGGGUCCUGGCCCCUAGGAACAAGGCCUCGGACGUUUUUGGCACCUUCACCAACUCUGGUGGCUGGAGCUCCAUAGGUCUCUCCCUGAUGGUUGGUCAAGUCUCAGCCGUGUAUGCUUGUAUCUGUUCCGAUGCAGCUGCUCACGUCAAGGAUGCUGGAAGAAACGUACCAAGAGCAAUGAUGUGGUCUUACUUCUUGAACGGCGCUCUGGGACUUGUUUUCCUCAUCACUUACAUGUUCAGUGUCGUCGAUCUGUCUGGUACUAUCGAUGAUGCCAGCAACGGUUCAGGCUACCCCUACAUGUAUGUCUUCACCAAGGCCUUCAGCAUGCCCGCCUUCAACACUCUCUCGGCCAUCGUCAUCAUCCUGAUCUACGCUGGUACACUUUCCUACAACUUGUCGACCUCUCGCCAAACCUGGUCAUUCGCUCGCGAUCAAGGUCUACCCUUCAGCAACUGGAUUGCUAAGGUCGACCCUAAGCUCGAGGUACCAAUCAACUCGGUCACCGCUACCACCGCAUUCACUAUCAUCCUCUCAUUCAUCAACAUCGGCUCCGACGCUGCCUUCAAUGCCAUCGUCUCGCUCAACCUUACCUCCCUGAUGAUCACCUACGUCGUCAGCAUUGGCUGUGUCCUGUACCGCCGUGUCACCCAACCAGAGUCUCUGCCUAAAUGCAGAUGGUCACUCGGUCGCUGGGGUGUGCCCAUCAACACUUUCGCCGUCUUGUACUCGUCCUACGUCUUUUUCUGGAUGUUCUGGCCUCAGACAACCUCAAAUGCUGCCGCCGACUUCAACUGGUCGGUGUUGAUGUUCAUGGUUGUCCUGCUUGUAUCUAUCAUCGACUGGUUCGUUAGAGGAAGAAAGGUGUACACUGGUCCGGUUACCCUGACUGAAGGCUACAAGGGCGAGUGA